AUCGUCUUUCAAGGGAUGGCCACCUCGUUAACGCAGGGGGUUAUCAAAGUAAUAUGCUUCGGUUGAAAGUUGUGUUAUCGGUCCCAUAACUACCUUAGACUGAAUUUCAUUACAAUGCGUUGGACGUACAUGCCACCGGGAUGCGACAGUCUUUUGUGCGGUUUCUCUAUCCUGGACCUUGUAGAGGACUGUUUUCCAGAGUCGUCUUGAGACAUUCCAGAGGCUGUCGAUUUUAAUCAGGAUCUCACAGGAACGUAUUUAAGUGGUCUUAGUUGGUGGGUGCUCUCUUUUAGGUGACUUAUUGAGACUGCCUUAUUUACUUUUCAGAGAAAGUUCGAUAAGGCUUACAGUCGUUUAUUCCCAAAGUGUGUUUUACACUCGUGCAUGUAAAUACCUAUUUUGUUGUUCUGUCAUUAAUCGCAUUUCAAAAGUUCUUUCUCACGCAGAGAACCGGUGUGAUCUUCCGCCAUGUCGAAGCACACAGGAAGUAAAUCUACCAAAAAGUCCAACACGUCAGCCAAGGGAUCCGGAACUUCAACAGUAUUCAAGGAGGACAAUAAGGGCCCGUAUGCCGUGGUUAUAGCUAAUUUAUUGUCCUCUCGCUUCGAGCCUCUUGUGAACCACACAGCACACUGUUUGUUGCCUCUUGCGGGUGUUCCACUACUCCAUUUCACUUUAACUCGUCUUAUUGAGGAUGGUUUCAAAGAUAUUCUAAUCUAUGCCUGUGAUCAUUACGAGCAGUUACGAUCUUUUCUGCGGAACAACUCUUGUUACAAGUCUGUACGCAUUUCGGUACACAACGGCGAAACGAGUCACAGUUUGGGUGAUGUUAUGCGUGACCUGGAUACGAGUCAGGUUAUUCGUGGUGUGACUGAUUUUUUUCUGGUUCCUGCGGACUUAAUUUGCGCAACCCCGCUGAUGCCAUUUUUACGACAACAUGAGGAUCUUCGUUCCCGUAAUUCAAAUGCUAUUCUUAGUUUGAUACUUCCUCCUUGUUCAUCGAAACUAAGCCCAUCCCAGGCAGCUGAAUGGGGUGUCACAGUUUUGUUCUCGCAUACGGCUGACAAUCGUCUGAUUCAGUUAUCCUCCGCUCUGGACGAUCCUUGUCCGAUAAUAGCCGCCCAGGAUUUACUCCGGACAGACCAGUUCUCAGAGCUUGCCUCGGAUUUGUUGGACCUGGGCAUAGCUGUCUGUAGCCACCACAUUCCUGCAUUGUUUCAGGAUAAUUUCGACUAUCAGACAAUGAAUGAUCUGGUUCACGAUGUCCUCACCAACGAAGAAGUCAUGGGUUAUUCAAUCCAUAUUAACCCCUUGCCGUCUGGUCCGCUUACCUUAAGGGCGGCGCCUGACCUCCACAGCUUGAUCAACACUACCUUUACUCUGUUAGCACGUGAGGAAGGGACUGCCUCACUGUUCCCACCAAGUUUUCUCAUGGACCUCAGCACACUACAUUGUGUCGGUCUUUCAUGCUACGUGGCAAAAUCAGCAAAAGUGCAUCCGAAGGCAAGAUUGGUUGGUGCCUGUCUAGUUGGACCCGGUUGCGUUAUUGGAUCUGGUGCGUGUUUGGUCGACUGUGCUCUCACUUCCAACUGUUACGUGGGACGGCUUGCGCGACUCCGGCGUGUUGUUGCGUUGCCCGACGUUUUUAUCGGUGAUCGUGUGAGGGCUGAUACAGCAUGGAUUGGUAGUGGAGCACGAAUUCUGGAUAGCUUUCACCUGCCUCCUUCUUGUUUUGUUGGAUCGUCUACGGAAGCCGUUGUCACGCUUGGUCCGGGUCGUGGAUCUCUGCCGCCCAAAUGUGUGGUUGUCGCCCCUAGAGACACGGACCUUGUCCUAGAACCCCAGAUAGGUGGAGAAAAUGUAUGGGCUACGUUAUAUACCAGGAAAAAUCGUCCAGGUCGGAUACGCUCCGGGCGCACAACCUCUGACAGUCGGUCUACUGGAAGCGAAAGUGACUGGGAAGAGCCUUCCGAACAACAGAAUAUUGACAUAAGCGGUGAAGGAAGUCUCUGGGACACAGCAGACGAUCGGCUCCGAUCUUCUAUGAAAAUGUCUCGCCGUGCUGUUAACCAUAGCCGUCUUUUGAGCAGUACUAGCGAGUCACACCGAGCAGGCAAGCCAACUCGUAAGCAAAGCCGUCGUGCAUCCGGUGUUACAGAUAGUGAGGCUGAGCCUUCUGGUGGCAGUGCAGAUGAAGGUGAACAAUCUGAGCUAUUUUUGAUUAGCGAAAUACAGCGUACGCUUGAGCAUUGUGGAGAUACCGCGGAUGCGACCGAGAAUGUGAUUCUAGAAGUGAAUUCCCUGAAACAUGCCUACAAUAUACCAAUAGAUGAUUUACUGUUUCUCUUGGUCAAGGCAAUUCUGGACUUAACUUGUUCAGCCGUGUUGGGUGGCGCCUCUGCUGCAGACGAGAAAGCACAAAUUCGUGCAUUUAUGACUGAAUUUGGAAAACAAAUAUCUCGGUUCCAUGGAGUGCUCAGGUCUUAUUUUUCCGGUUCCAACGCGGAUGGACGUUUAUGUCUUCAGGCUGUUGAAGAUUCCGCCUGCUAUCAACCGCUUAUCAUGUCCUCUAGCCCAUUCAUCGCUCACAUGCUAUACGACAGAGAACUUCUUACAGAACCUGCGAUAUGGUGGUGGCUAGACAACUCACCACUUCUCGCAGACGAAGAACUAUCGGAACAUACGAAGGCGAUUCGUGAUAAGCUGAAGCCAUUUUUGACUUGGCUUAAAGAUGCAGAAGAAGAGGAAGAUGACGAUGAUGAAACGGACGAGUCUAGCGAAGACUAAGUGGCCUGUUUUUUUAAAUUAUAUUUUGCUAUUUUCAGCUAUCUCUGUUAUUACAACUAGCUGGUGUACAUACCUUGGUUAUAUGCAUGAUUCCACCUGCUGAUGGAUAAAAGACGGCGAUCGACUUGAUUUGUU